AUAAUAUCAAGCUAUUGGAUGGAGACACGACUGUGUCAUGUGAGUAGACAUGACAGAAACAGCUUUUCUUAAAUUAUUUGUGGCAAUCGUGGUCACAUUCAUUUUAGUCUUGCCAGAAUUUUUCAAGACUCCGAAAGAAAGAACGCGAGAGCUCACCUGCCGGGAAGUGUGUUUAUUACCCAAUCUCACCUAUCCGCUUCCCUCCUUCAAUUUUUCUUCUGUGACUUUCCUGCGCCCGGCAGAGGAAACACAGACUGUUAUGGGACUCUUUCCAAACCACUCCAGUGUCCAAAGCUUCACUGAGAGUUGCCAAGGCAUCACGAAUGGAUUUCCGAUGUGCUCCUUGUGUUUGGUCUGCGAAUCCAAAGGAGAUGUGGAUUUCAUUUCUCAGGAACAAACAUCAAAAGGUCUCAUCACGACAGGAUCAAUGGAAGUGAAAGCGAAUGACUUUUACUCACCCUGCCAGCACUAUAAUGUCACCGUGGCUCUCCUAGUGGACCCUAUGAAGGAAUACAACGCUACCUGUACCCCUGAAGCCCACCCUGGGAAACCCACAGGUGUAGAAGAUCCACCCAGGGGAGAUUCUCUAAACCACACUUGUGGAAUUAUGGAAAACACGAGUAAUUGUACUCAUGUUUCCUUGCACCUAGCAAUAGAUGUGAAAUCUGUCACUUGUUCCGUGAAGAUCACUUGGUACAUUUUAGUGCUAUUAGUUUUUAUGGUCGGCAUCAUCCUCAUUAUCCACAAAAUCCUUGAGGACCACAGGAGAGUGCAGAGGUGGCAGAAGAAAGGGGGAAAACUCCCAAACUCAGGUCGUAAACCCAAAUCUGCAUCCGUUCUCUUAAGAGGAAGUGACUCUGCGAAGCUGAGUGUCCUGAAUAUGACGGCUAUUCCAGAGUCCACUGGAGGGCUGCCUUUGGUGCGGAUCAUGGAGGUGCUCCCCCCAAUACCAGAACUUGAAGUCACUUCUGCAGUGCACCAGCAAGAUCAAUAUACACGUGGAAACCAUGCAAAGGUGUAUGGAGCUGGUCCUCUGCCUAUGGGGCACACCGCUGGGCAUGCAAGAGCAGGUUCUUGUGCUGGUGUCCUGCAAGGAUCCGAGCUGACAGAAUUGCUUCCAGUUGCAGGAAAUUGCUUCUCAGGAAGGUGACUUCUGGUAUCUCAGAAUCAUGAACCCUACUAGGUUGGCCUACUGGUGUUCCUCCUCCAUGCGCUUCGGGCAGAGGUAGCCAAAGCGAGCAAGGCAGAUGGAAGACUGCCUCAGAGAAGAAGCUAUAGCCAAGACCACGAUAGAGCUCCUCUUCUUGAGAGCAAGGGACUGGGGAUAAGAGAGGUCACUUCAGAUUGUGGCUGCUGUCUGCUCACUGGCCCUGGACAUCUCCUAGAACCUUCUGCUUCCAUCUGCACUUAACUAAUGCUGGCUGAAAUAACCCCAUGGUCCUUAAUGUCUUCCCUAAGUCAUGGCUUCCUGUAGAUAACACUGACCUUGGCCUUUAGUGUGUUUUGAGUUUUUACUGGACUCACUUAUAGCUUAUAGUCAUUGAACCAUAGUUAUCUAUGACCAAGACCUCUUCGCUAGACUGUGAGAGGGGGAACCAUGCCCCAGUGAUAGAGACUCACUUCUUUCUGCUCUGCUCCUCUCUUGCAGUCCUCUUUCUGGCUGAUGAGUUGCAAAUUCAUUAAAUGGCUGCUUAUAAGAGGACAGGAUUGCA